CCGACCCCUCGCCUACCAAUGUUUGUGUAAUCAGCAAGAAAAAAAAACCGUGUAGUAACCGAAAAUGCAGUGGCCGCGAAGGAAUUUUUGUUUAUAAUGGCCUAAAAUUUAUACAUUGUUCCACAAUUUGUGCAAUUAUUGUUAUCUACAAACGGAUUAACAGAAAUGUGAACGUUAUAUAUCGUGACAUAUGUACAUGAGAGAACUGCAAAUUUAGCAUCGAAAUCGAAAUAAGACAUCAAUCGACUCUCACUGCAUCAGUAGUUUGGUUUUCUUUCUACUGUCCCAUAUAUCCGUACGUAAAGAACGGUGCACUCCUCUGCAAGAUAGGCACCAUCAAAGUGAAGCGAAAAUUGGAACAUCCCAUCGGCAUGAAUAAGAUCCUGCUGGUGUUGAUUAUCGCCAGUGGGUUUCUGCUAAUCAUCUACGCCAACAGCAGCAUCUUCAACCGGCGGAACAUUUUGAUGAUAUUCCAACAAAAGACUGACCCGGAUGGGGGUGGCGGGGGAGUGCACCCGGAUGUGUUAGAUAACAAUCAUAUUGGGCUGGUGGAGGGAGCGGGUAGGUCCGUCUCGGCUCAAUUUCUCAGCGCAGCUCGAUUCAACGAGCUGAAGCGGGUCAAGUACAUCCCGAAGGAAAACAAUGCCACCGAAUAUAAUAUUUUCAUUAUCUACACGAAGGAAAGUCAGAAUGUUAUUUUGAAGAGCAAGUUCGAGUUGUUUCUGAAGAGUUUGCUGAAAUACACGACCAUUCCGAUGCACCUGCAUGUGAUAACUGACGAGCAGAGUGAAACGUCGGCGGAGGAACUGAUACGGGAGCAGAUUAAUCACUACCGGAAGGUGGUGUUUUACACGCUAUACGACGUGAAGGAUUGUGCCGAGAAAAUCAGCGAUAUCGUUAAGAAUAUGCUGCCGCUUUUCAACUAUAAGACGGGAAGCUAUUACAGCGAUGCUCUGUUUCUGAUUUCGCUCGGUUUGCAUCGGAUCGUAGACGUGAACAUGAAACGGGCCAUUCUGAUCGACUGUGACGUCGUGUUCCGAUCAUCGGUGAAAGAACUGUUUGAUCAGUUCGAUCACUUCGGCUCGGAACAUCUUUUCGGAUUGGCUCCGGAACUGACUCCGGUUUAUCUGCACAUUUUGUUUAAAUAUCGUGCACAGAAUCCGCACACCCUGUUCGGAACACCGUAUUACUUGAACAAGACGACUGUGAUCGGAAAUUCACUCGGAGGAUUCUUCAGCAGGACCGCGAAGAAAACCAAACACGGCUAUCCGGGGUUGAAUUCCGGCGUGGUGAUGCUGCGGCUGGACCGAAUUCGCCAGUCCCGGCUGUACGAGGAAGUGAUUAAAGCAGAAUCGGUAAAGAACAUGGUGGAGAAGUACGCCUUCAAGGGCCACCUAGGUGAUCAGGAUUUUUACACCCUGAUGGGGUUUGAAUUUCCCGGACUGAUCUAUCGGCUGGAUUGCGUCUGGAAUCGACAGCUGUGCACUUGGUGGAAGGAGAACGGUUACGGUAACGUAUUCGAUAGCUACUUUCACUGUGAGGGAACGGUUAAGGUGUACCAUGGGAACUGCAAUACCCGAAUCCCGGAAUAGAACGGGAGUUUUUUAGUUAUGGGAUUUCACGGUACAUGUAACUGCAGAUUAUGGCAGUUUGCGACGACUAUACUGCAUUAGUACCCAUUGUUUUUAUCAUCGAACUUAAUUAUCGCUUGUCUAACAAACAUUCCAUGCUAUUGCUGCGUAGGGUCAUUUGUUUUAGGGAAUUUUUUUGUUUUUGACAUCGUACUACACCAGUUUAGUCUGUGCUACAUUCAUUCAAACUUGUGUGUAAUCAGCCUAUCUUGUUUUUACAGUACACCGGUGUAGCAUUAUGUUAAAAUGAAAAUGCUAUUAAUGUUUUUUUUUUACUUCUACAAACGGAAUCGAGCUAACAAAUCAUCCAUCAUACAUAACACCUCAUAUCUAUCGUACAGUUAGUUUAUAACCUUUAGGUACUAUUUUACUCCAAACUACUAUGCAAUACCUGAUCUAGAAAGCUUCCAGUGCUGAGUAGCACACAUUUCCUGAUUUCGGUAGUUCACUCUACCAAUCUAAGUAUUCUGAUUAACAAAAAACAUUCCUUGUUUAAAUAUUUUGUGAUCUCAUUUUAAGAAAAUGAUUUUUUAUUUAGUGAUAAUUAACAUAUGUCUAUUAGAAUAUUGUUCAUGAAGCCUUACACAUAAUAUCGUACUACAUAACAAAUAUAGCUUAAGCUAUGACGUCGCUGCAAUACGUUAGGAAAUCUCUAUGUUCGAAACAUUUGCAAUUUAUCUUUAUGAGCUUUUUGUUGACACUUUAAACAUUCUAACUAUACCGAUCUAAUAAUACUCGUAAGCGAAGUGGUACAGCGCUCGAGCGAUUGUUACUUAUUUUGAAUGAUUUUAUUUUAUGCGUACUAUACGUUAGUUCGUGUCUUGUCUCAAAAGUGAUACGUUUAGGUUAGAAUUUAAUUAGAAUCCUUUUAUUUUACCGAUCUGGUUCAAGUGAACAGACGAAAUACAACGCAAGUGCAUGACAGGCCCGGUGCAGUCCAGAUCUAGAUAAUAAUUCGACAAACCGAUAAUAAAGUAGGACUUGUUCGUGUUGAGUAGGAAACUGAAUAACAAUAAGAAACGGUAGGAGCUAAAUUAUGGUUGUUACUAGUACUUCACUUAUUGUAGUACAGAUAAUCAACAAUAGCUAACCGGAGAACGAAGUACAAUGAUGUGAAAUAGUGUUUAAAGAAUCCGCUAAAAGUCGACUGCAAUAAAAACGCGUUAUCAUAUAAAUGAUCUGAUUGAUGGCUAGUACUGAAUGAAAUUAGGAUGUUAGUUCUAA